CAAAUUAUAUAAAUAUGUAACGUUUUAUUAUUGGAUGACAAACACACAAUUAACAUGAUAUUACGAGAAUACAAGAUCUACCCCAUAUUUAGAAGUUUUUGUGUUACAUGAUAUUUGUAGCCCUAACAUGUAGGAUCAGUCACCACCCACAUACCCCGGCAAAAAAAAACUGUUAAAUUAAAAAAGGAGGAGAAGAUCCAUAAAAAGCCAACCAACCAACCAACCAAGAAAAAAAGCUGUAGAAAAGUUCAAACCAAAGUCAGCCUUUAAAUCCCCAAAAAUAAGCAAUGAAUGAAGGUUAAAACCUCUCCUAUUUUCCACCACCCUUUUGUCCACCAAUUACUAUUUACAUUUCUUUACAUUCCCCUCCAAAGUUUCUCAAGGUUUUUUUUCCUGGGGAAUGUCUAUGUUCCUUGGCCAGGCCAUCAAUAUCCAAGAUUUCCAUAAAAUGAUCGGACGGUUGUUUUUGGUUUUCUUGUUGAUCCAUUCAACUUUUGGUCAGAAACAUCAUCACAAGCCGGCUUCACAGCCAUGGCUGACCCUCAGUGGUAAGAGGCCUGCUGUGAUAGCACGUGGUGGAUACUCAGGGCUAUUUCCUGAAUCAUCGGACAUAGCAACCCAAUUGGCAGUGCAAACAAGCUUGCCUGAUGUUGCUAUAUUUUGCAGUCUGCAACUAUCAAAAGAUAACCAGGGUUACUGCCUCUCAACUUUAAAUCUUGAUAAUGCAACAAACAUACAAGAUUUCUUCCCCAAAGGACAAAAAACUUACAACGUAAAUGGAAAUUCAGUGCAAGGGUAUUUUGCUUUGGAUUUUACUUCUGACCAGCUUCUCACUGUAUCAUUGAUUCAAGGUAUAUACACUAGAGCAAAUAUUUUUGAUGGGAUAAGGAUGCCCAUAUUUACCAUUCAAAAAAUAAUGGAAUAUGUGCCGCCACCCGCUAGGUUUUGGUUAAAUGUUCAGUACAGCAGCUUCUACGCCCUGCACAAACUCGAUCCAGCAUUGUAUGUUCAGAACCUUUUGAAAACCACUCUCGUAGAGUUUGUCUCAUCUCCUGAGAUUGGUUUCUUGAAGAGCAUGAAAGGGAAAGUAGGCAAAAGCAAGGCACAGUUUAUUUUUGUGUUCUUAGAAGAAAAUGCAGUUGAACCAACAACAAACCAAACAUACGGUUCACUACUCAAGGAUCUCUCCGCAAUCAAGUUAUUCGCGUCCGGGAUUCUUGUCCCGAAAGGGUACAUAUGGCCUGUCAAUGCUCAAAUGUACUUAGAGGCACCCACUACUGUUGUAGCUGAUGCUCACAAGGCAGGGCUAGAAGUCUAUGCUUAUAAUUUCGCAAAUGACCAAAUGGCGAGUUAUAACUACAGCUAUGAACCAACAGCUGAGUACUUGCAGUAUAUUGAUAAUUCCCAAUUCUCUGUUGAUGGGUUCCUUACAGAUUACCCUUCCACUGCAUCAGAAGCAAUUGCAUGUUUGGCACAUAACAAGAAUGCAACCAGGCCUGUCAAAGGAAAACGAAAACCUUUGGUGAUAAGUCACCAUGGAGCAAGUGGAUUUUACCCGGGCAGCACUGAUCUUGCUUACCAGAAAGCAGUAGAUGAUGGAGCUGACAUUAUUGACUGCUCAGUACAGAUGUCGAAGGAUGGAGUUGCAUUCUGCUCGAGCUCAGCUGACCUUGCAUCAGCUACGACUGCAAAGGCAACUUUCAUUGCUAAAUCUUCUACAAUCCCUGAAAUUCAAAGUAACAGUGGAAUUUUCUCAUUUGAUCUCACAUGGAGCGAGAUUCAAACCUUGCAGCCUCUAAUAGCAAGCCCAUUUGCUACGAAUGAGGGCAUGAACAGAAACCCAGCAUACAAGAGCAAGGGUAAAUUCAUUACUCUUGCUGAAUUUUUGGAACUUUCCAAGGAGAAGAAAGUUUUUGGAAUUUUGAUCGAAAUAAAGAAUGCUGCCUACUUGGCAUCAAAGAAGGGUAUUGACUUAAUUGACACUGUUUCCACUGCUUUGAGCAAUGCUACUUUUGACAAGGAAACCACCCAACAAGUGUUGAUCCAAUCAGACGAUGGUGGAGUCCUAUCGAAGUUCAGCAAUGUCCCAACUUACAAACGAGUAUUCCUCAUCGAAGAAACAGUAGGUGAUGCACCAAAGCCGACAGUGGAUGAAAUCAAGAAGUUUGCCAAUGCAGUUAACAUCCGCAAAGGCUCCAUCAUUAAAAUUUCCAAUGAUUUCACCAUCACUCCUACUAACGUUGUUCAGGAGAUGAGGAAGGCCAACUUAACAGUGUAUUCCUCAGUUUUCAGAAAUGAAUUUACAGGGAUUGCAAUGGAUCUUUUCUCAGAUCCAAUCGUAGAGCUGGCAACAUUCAUUGCGCCACCUUUCAGCCUUGAUGGGAUCGUAACAGACUACCCUGCAACAGCAAUCACUUAUCUAAAAAGUCCAUGUUUCUACAGCGAUGAAGAUCUCGAAUACAGCAUCUUACCUGUUGUACCUGGUGCGAUAUUUCAGAUGGUUCCAGACGGAGUAGAACUGCCACCUGUAGGAGCCCCAGCGCCAGCUCUCGAUGUUAAGGAUGUUGUGGACCCACCUCUACCUCCGGUCUCCAAUGUCUCUGCAGCCAAUGUCACUGCAGCAGCAGCACCACCUAAUGCUGCAGCUGCUCCACCCCCAGAAGCCAAAAGCAGCCAGACAGCAAAUGUUGCUAAUUUUGGUCUCACACUGAUUGCAAUCAUGGUGCUUAGUUUGCUUUCUGUAGCAUGUUAA